AUGGCAUUUGAAACGUUCCAACAAACAAGCGCAAAAAAACGUCGAAUUAUGAUUAUAACCGGUGAUGAAAGUAUUAUAGAACAAAUUCAAAAUACUGACAAUUUAUCAUUGAUUAAUUCAGUUAUAAUUGAAUCCAAAGACGAUGAUAAUUACUUUCCUUAUUCAUCAUUUAAAGGAAAAAAACCAGCAUCAAAUAAGAAAAGAACAAGAAUUGGUUCAUUAACUUGUGUUGUUUGUGGUUCGCCAGCACUUGGAUAUAAUUUUGAUGCCAUUUCAUGUGAAAGUUGUAAAGCAUUUUUUCGUCGUAAUGCUCUAAAAAAUCCCACAACAUUACAAUGUAGACGUCAAGGUAGUUGUGAGAUAACAAUCGAAACACGACGGCGUUGUUCAACAUGUCGUUUAACGAAGUGUUUUAAUAGUGGAAUGAAACGUGAACGACUAGAAAGAGCCGAAGAAAAAGCAGUAAAACGGCGUACAAUAGAAGAAAAUCAAACUUUCACAAUACAAAAAUAUGAGAUGGAUGAUGAGAAACAUCAAGUAUUACCAUCAACAUCGUUCGAUAAUUUAUCGACAACAAAAGAAACAAAUGUUUUUCGUCUUACCGAUGUCACUGAACUCCAAUCACAAACAUCAUCACAAUCACGACGAUCACUCCUUACUAUAGAAGAUUUACAUCGUGUAGAAACUAUUCAAAAUUCAUAUGAACAACGCAUUGAACUCGCUGCUCGGUAUGGUCUUCCAUGGGAUCCAUCUAUAUAUGCAACAACUUUAUUGCAGCAUAUAAAUUCUCGUUCAGUACCAAUAAUGCGUCUUUUAACAUUUUUCAAACAAAUACCUGAAUUUAAUGAAUUAAAUGUUGAUGAUAAAGUUACUUUAAUUAAAUAUAAUCUUUUACCAUUGAUUAUGCUUGAUGGUACAUUAUCAUAUAAAGCAGAUACUGGUGAAAUCGUGGAAACUGAUUCUGAUGUACCAUGGAAUUCAAGUAUGUUAGAAAAAAUUCAUGGGAAUGAAAUUUAUAUGCAAAUUCAAAAAAUUUUUAAUUCAUUUGUGCGGAUUGCAAACUAUGAUCAAAGAAUAAUUCAAUUAGCACUUAUAAUAUUUAUAUUAACAAAAGGUUGUUCAGCAGAUUCUGUUAUCGAUGAACCAAUUCUUAAUGAUAGUAUGGCUGUAUAUCGUGCACAAAGUUAUUAUACAGAUUUAUUAUGGAGAUAUAUGGAAACAAUACAUGGUAUUGAAAAAUCUACAUAUAUAUUUAUUGACCUUAUUGUUCAUUUUAUAUCUUGGCAAACACUUGAAAAACAACUUCGACUUAAUUUACGAAAAGUAUUAUCACCAAACGACACGAAUGAAUUAUUACCAAUCAUGAGAUCAUUGUUGCAUAUAACAUAA